AGUAUCACACAUGACACACGUAGUGCAGUAGUGUAGUUUGUUUUGAGACAUUUGGAAUGAAUUCAGGUGUGUAAUUGUGGGAAAUUUAACACACGCCGAACUGGUAAAGUUAUACUUUUCGUAUUAAAAGAAAUGCCACCUUGAACGUGCUGCUGUAGGAGUACCGCCUAUAAGUUGUCGAACAAAAUAUUAUGGCUGUAAUAAAAAGUGGCGCCUUCUAUACUUCGCUGUAAUUUUUUAGAGACAGCACCUUGUAUGUUAUGACUUUAGAGGUAGGUACGCUAGCCACAUCUUUUAAUGUUGGCAGCUCUGGCGCAAGUGCUCAACCUGGAAAUUGACAGUCAAAAAUGAAUGAAUCCCUAUAAAGGUUUUUGUAAAUAGAUUUAUUAAUUAGAUUAAUUAUGCUUUUUCUAUAUAACUUUAGUCGAAUUUAGUUAACUUUUAAUAAAUCGGAUUCAAAAUGGUGUGCAGAGAAUUUAUCCAAACCGAAUAUCCACUGCACUGGUGCGUGUGGAACAACCAACACUCGGAACUAGAAACGCAACUAUCUCAAAAAAUUCACGAUGUAGAAAAACAAGAUAAUCGUGGUCGUACACCGUUAAUGCUCGCAGUAACCCUUGGUCACCUGGAGUCGGUACGCUCCCUUUUACAUCACGGAGCUAACGUUAAUUGCGACAACCCCGACGGAUGGACAGUCGUGCAGGAGGCCGUGGCAACGGGCGAUCCCGAGUUAUUACACAUGGUAUUAGCGGAACGCGAUUUUCAAAGAUACUCAAACAGAAUGGCAGGUAUACCGGAAUUGCUGCAGAAAUUGAAGCAAGCGCCGGAUUUUUAUGUUGAAAUGAAGUGGGAAUUCACCAGCUGGGUACCGCUUGUGUCACGUAUGUGUCCAAGUGAUACGUACAAGGUGUACAAGCAGGGUGCUAACGUGCGAAUAGACACGACUUUAUUAGGUUUCGAUCAUACCAGCUGGCAGAGAGGCAAUCGCAGCUAUAUCUUUCAGGGCCAAA